CAACGAUAUCACAUUUCGUUGCUUAAGGCUCUGUAUCAAGUACUGCGCUGAUCUUGAUGUGUCUGCUGGCGCGUCCCGUAAAUGCAAUUAGACCAUACAGUACCUCGGCAGAGUGUUACGUCGGAUGUGGGGCUUCAACGCCCUCCCAAAUUCUAAAGUAGGGAAACGAGCGAGGUCAUUGUCAUGCCGUCCGCGAAGCAUCACCCGAGAGUGCUGCCGACCUCAACUCCGCGCCAUUAAUCGCUUUUACUCUACAAUCAACCACACCCAUGCUGCCGUAUGACGCCUAGACUGUCGCUGCCCGGUUCACCACGAUGAGCGCGCAGCUCCGUGCAGCUAGGGCAAUGGCCCCCAUCGCCCGUCGCGUCACUGUCCGCGCGGUCCGCCAAUUCCACCAGCUCCCGACCGGCGGCAUCCAGCGCGCCGAACUCGCCAUCCGCGGCUCCCGGAGGUCCUUGCAGUUUCCGUCGAACGCAUACCACAAUGCUGUCAUCGUGCGCAACGCCUCCUUCGCCCGCCUGCUGCCGAAGCUGGCCCUCAAGUUCGUCAGGAUCCCCGCCUUGUUUGGUGGUCUGAUGAUCGGUGCUGUGGGAUGGAUACAGUAUCAGGCUAUACAGGUCAGCAACUCGGCUCAGGAGAUGUAUAGCAAUAUGAAGAAUACCGUCACGUCCACCGCUUCAAGUCUGUGGGGAAGUGCCAAGGAAAUUGCCGAACAAACGAAACAGGGAUGGGACAACACAAGGCAGCAGUUUGAAAUUCCGGAAUGGCUAGAUAAGAUCAUGCGCGGUGGAGGCGACGGCUCGUCCGGCGAGGGUGGCCCAGGAGGACAGGGCCGGCCAGAACCGCCGAAGCAGAGCAGGGCCGGAGCUGCCGCCGUGGCCGGAGCAUCCGCUGCCGCCUACGGCUUUGAUCAUUCCGACGAAACCGACGAACGAACACCCGGAGAAAUUCUGAAGGAUGACCACAUGAUGUACAUCACGAAGAGGAUGAUUGAGAUCCGCAACCUCCUGCAGAAGGUCGGCCAGUCGAGCACUGUCACGCUACCGUCCAUCGUCGUCAUUGGGUCGCAAUCAUCCGGGAAAAGCUCCGUACUGGAAGCAAUCGUGGGCCAUGAGUUCCUGCCCAAGGGAAGCAACAUGAUCACCCGGCGGCCAAUCGAGCUUACACUGGUGAAUGAUCCCCAAGCACGAACCGACUACGGCGAGUUUCCCGAUCUCGGCCUCUCCAAGGUUACCGACUUCAGCCUGAUCCAGAAGACUCUGACGGAACUCAAUCAGUCCGUCCCGGAGUCUCUGUGUGUCACAGACGACCCCAUCCGGCUCACAAUCCACUCGCCAAGGAUACCGGAUCUGUCUCUCAUCGAUCUCCCCGGCUACAUCCAAGUGGCCGGUGAGAACCAGCCUCGGGAGUUGAAGCGCAAGAUAUCUGAGCUAUGUGACAAGUAUAUCCGGGGACCUAACAUCAUCUUGGCCAUCUCAGCUGCCGACACCGAUCUGGCCAAUUCAACAGCCCUACAAGCCAGCCGCAGGGUAGACCCGAGGGGAGAGAGGACCAUUGGUGUCAUUACCAAGAUGGACCUGGUUGAGCCCGAAAAGGGAGCUGCCAUCCUAACUGAUAAACAAUACCCGCUCAGGCUGGGUUAUGUCGGCGUCAUCUCCAAGCUGCCCUCGCAGACUGGCCUCUUCAGGAGAGAGACCGGUAACCUGUUGGCCGGUAUCAGCCGCAACGAAAAGUCCUACUUUAGCUCGUACCCAUCUCAGUUCGGACCGGAUACCGGGGUCAAUACGGGCACAAUGACGCUUCGCAAGAAGCUGAUGCAGGUUCUGGAGCAGACCAUGUCCUCCAAGCUGCAAGAGACGACCGAGUCUAUCCAGCGGGAGCUUGAGGAAACGACGUAUCAAUUCAAGGUGCAGUACAACGAGCAGCCCAUGAGUGCCGAGGCGUAUUUGGCCGCGAGCCUGGACGACUUCAAACACCAAUUCCACACUUUCGCGACGUCUUUUGGCCGGCCUCAGCUGCAAAGCUUGCUCAAGGAUGCCCUGGACCAGAAGGUCCUCGACCAGCUCGCCGCCCGCUAUUGGAACAGGCCGAUUGAAGACCUCACAGUUGCUCUUCCGGAGCCGGACAGCAUUGCCGAUUUGCCCAAGGCUGACCCGAAGUCGGCCUACUGGCAUCGGCAGCUUGACGCGGCUUGCUCUGGCCUGACCAGGCUUGGUGUCGGCCGCUUGGCGGCUACUGUUGCUGCCGCAGCCAUCCAGUCCAACGUCGACAAGCUCCUCGACAAGUCCUCUUUCUCGAAGCACCCCGCUGCCCGCAAGGUCAUUAGCGAAGCAGCAUCUACCGUUUUGGCGGAUCGGUCGUAUGCUACGAGUGAUGGCAUUGAAAUAUCGCUUAAGCCCUACAAGUUUGACCCUGAUAUCCAGCCCAACGAGUGGGCCCAGGGACGGGAACACGUCGUUGGUGUUCUUCAAGGCGAGCUCGAACAAUGCCAAGCAGCCAUGAAGAGUCUCGAGAAUUCCGUCGGCGGGAGAAAGAAGCUCAAGGAAGUCAUGAACUUUGUCGAUAAGGCGCGUAAGGGCGAGAUUAUCGUCGAAGGUGACCACCCGAGCGGAGCUGGGGGUUUCAGCGCUGCUCUUCUCGCACGAGGCCGGGAGGCCGUCUUCCUUCGCGAUCGCGCCAACAUCAUCAAUAUGCGCAUCAUGGCUGCCAAGUCCCGUCAGUGCAAGACGCUCGAGAAUAAGUACUACUGCCCGGAGGUCUUCCUGGACGCCGUUGCCACCAAGCUCGCCCAGACCGCCGUCCUGUUUCUCAACGUCGAGAUGCUCAACGAUUUUUACCAGCGCUUCCCGCGCGAGGUGGAGAGCAAGCUGCACGAGCACAUGGCCGGCGGCGGGCUGGAGCGGUUCGCGCGCGAGGACCCCAAGGUCAGGCGGCAUCUGGAUCUGAUCCAUCGGAAGGAGCUGCUGGAGCUGGUUCUGGCCAAGAUUGAGGAUCUGCAUCGCUUGCCUGGCGCGGUUGGGGGACGAGAGCUGGCUGACCCAGCCAAGAGGAGGGGGAGGAGAUUCUUCUAGACGCGAGGCUAGGGUAUCUAAAGGGAUCGCCGACGCGGGGGGGGUGGGGGGAGAGUCUUUGCAUCCAUGGCUCUUUGCUGCUUUGGGUUCGGCGUUUGGCGGACUGGGAUGGAUGGGGGGGUGUUGGCGGCAGCGGCUGUUGACUUUUGACUAUCGCUUAUUCAAUUU